AUGGUUUCGUUAAUGGACUUAAAAGUGGCGGACCUUAAGCGGGAGCUGGAAGAAAGGGAAUGUGAUACAACUGGAAAAAAUAAUGUGUUGCAGCAGCGGCUUCGAGAAGCGUUGGAGCAGGAAGGUGAAAAUCCAGAUACGUAUUUAUUUGAAGGCCCUUGUGACAUGCAUUUAAUGUUGCAAAAUUUAAAAGACCUAAAAGUCGAUUUACAACAGAAUAUUCUAGAAAAUUCCAACGAGUUGCAACAGAAAAUGUUGGAAAAUUCUAGCGAUGUACAACAGAGAAUUUUGGAAAAUUCUAACGAGUUGCAACAGAAAAUGCUAGAAAAUUCUAAGGAUUUGCAACAGAAAAUGGUGGAAAAUUUCAACAAUUUAAAGGAUGAUUUACAACAGAAAAUACUGGAAAAUUCUAAAAAUUUAAAAGAAUAUUUGGAACAGAAGAUUCUAGAUAAUGUCCAAGAAUUGGAAGAGAAAAUGGGGCAGAAAUUUGACGACGUAAGGAUGGAAUUGAAUGACGUAAGGAUGGAAUUGGAUGAUAAAUUGGAAGUCAAAAUUAAAGAAAUAAAUAGUAAACUGACAGCUGUAAAUCUACCCAUGAUGCUGGCGGAACCAGGAACAAUGCCGGAGGGGAGCCGAGUUCGGAUGAAACCACCUCAGUUCGAUGGAAAAACUUCUUGGACCAACUACAUCCGCCAGUUUGAGGCAGCAGCAAAAGCAAAUGGCUGGCUACCAGAAGAGAAGGCUACAGCAUUGACUCUGGCUUUACGCGGAAAUGCAACGGACAUCUUGCAGACACUCUCUCCCAACGAACAAGAAGAUUACGAAGCGUUGGUUAAACAUCUGGAACUGCGAUAUGGCCAGACACAUCUGGAACAUGUGUACCAUUCCCAACUGAAGAAUCGCUGCCAGAAAUCUAACGAGACUUUGCAAGAAUUUGAGGCUGAUAUUGCACGCUUGGUCCGGCUAGCAUAUCCAGCUACUCCAACGACCAUUAUGGAACGAUUAGCGGUUCAAGCCUUUUUGGAUGGACUUCGAGACAACGAAACAAGACAGGCUCUAACCCUGGCUCGUCCGAGCCAACUGGUUGAUGCAUUGGCUCGCGCUUUGGAAUUCGAGGCGGCAAAGCAGAGCUGCAGGAGCCAGCCUAGAAUAAGGAAGGUCGAGGAGGAGAAAGAGAAGGAACCCAGUAUAAUCGAAGAAAUCAGGCGAGUUCUUAAAGAGAAUCUACCAGAGAAGAAGGAAAUCCGGUGUUGGAGAUGUGGAAAGCUGGGACAUAUAUAUAGUCGUUGCAGAGGAAGUCAGGUGGCGCCG